UUGAUUAAUUUGAUUCUUUGAUUUUUUAAACAGGGAUCAGAUUCUGAAGACAUGAACACGCAAAAUCCAAUUUGUGAUAAGGCUUCAUCUGAUUCUACAACCCAGGUUAAAACUUGUGUUGAUUGUGGAACCUCCAAAACCCCCCUCUGGAGAGGCGGUCCUGCUGGCCCCAAGUCACUGUGCAAUGCGUGUGGGAUCAGGAGCAGGAAGAAGAGGAGGGCUUUAAUGGGAGUGAACAAAGAAGACAAGAAAUCAAAGAAAUAUGCAAGCACCAAGAAUAGUACCCACAGCAAUGAAAGUAGUACCAGCAGCAGUGGAGAGAGUGCCAAUAGCAAGAUUGGAGAUUCAUUAAAGAGGAAAUUAUGGGCAUUUGGUAGAGAUGUAGCACUGCAAAAACCAAGAUCAAAUACUCCUCAAAGGAGAAAGUUGGGAGAGGUGGAACAAGCUGCAUUUCUUUUAAUGGCUUUAUCUUGUGGCUCUGUUUAUGCUUAGAGUUGUACCAGCAGCAGCAGUAGUAGUACCUUUUAUUCAAGCAGUUGUACCAUGAGCUCAACGAGGAAAAGAGGACAAAUUGAGUUGAAACGGGGUUUCCAAAUGUACCUUUGAUAGUAGAUAAAUUAAUCCAAAUUGAAUUUCA